GCGCGCGUGUGGUUGGUGCUUUUUUUUUUUUUUUUUUUUCCUUCCCCUGCCUAAACUCCUCUGUCAGCCUGUAAACAUUACCUGAGAAUUCCCCAGCCGAAACGGCUGGCUGCCGGGGCAAGAAAGUUCUUGUUAGAACUUUCCACCUCUGGCUUCCCUUCCACCCCUCUUACUGUCCCAACCUUCGGAGACGCUUUUUCUCCUCCGGAGGAUUUAUCUUUUUUUUUUUUUCCUCCCCCCUUUUUUUCUCACCCGGUGCUUGCUUUGCAUUUGGGAAGAGGUGAUUUCAAGAGUGGCCAGGUGGGACGCCUCUCUGCCCCCUUAUUCGGUUUAUUUAUUAUUGUUUGGGAGUGUUUUGUUUUUUAAGUCCUGUUUUGUUCGGUCCGGGGAGUUUCGCCCCUGCCGCCCGGCUCCGCGGCGCGGAGGAUGGUGUGGAAACGGCUGGGCGCGCUGGUGGUGUUCCCUCUGCAGAUGAUCUAUCUGGUGGUGAAGGCUGCGGUCGGACUGGUGCUGCCGGCCAAGCUGCGGGACCUGUCCCGGGAGAACGUCCUCAUCACCGGCGGCGGGAGAGGCAUCGGGCGCCAGCUAGCUCGCGAGUUCGCAGAGCGCGGCGCCAGAAAGAUUGUUCUGUGGGGCCGGACUGAGAAAUGCCUGAAGGAGACGACAGAGGAGAUUCGGCAGAUGGGCACUGAGUGCCACUACUUCAUCUGUGAUGUGGGCAACCGGGAGGAGGUGUACCAGACGGCCAAGGCGGUGCGGGAGAAGGUGGGUGACAUCACCAUCCUGGUGAACAACGCUGCCGUGGUCCAUGGGAAGAGCCUGAUGGACAGCGAUGAUGAUGCCCUUCUCAAGUCCCAGCACAUCAACACCCUGGGCCAGUUCUGGACCACCAAGGCCUUCCUGCCACGGAUGCUGGAGCUGCAGAACGGCCACAUCGUGUGUCUGAACUCCGUGCUGGCACUCUCCGCCAUCCCCGGUGCCAUCGACUACUGCACGUCCAAAGCCUCAGCCUUCGCCUUCAUGGAGAGCCUGACCCUGGGGCUGCUGGACUGUCCGGGCGUCAGCGCCACCACCGUGCUGCCCUUCCACACCAGCACCGAGAUGUUCCAGGGCAUGAGGGUCAGGUUCCCCAACCUCUUCCCCCCACUGAAGCCGGAGACGGUGGCCCGGAGGACAGUGGAAGCCGUGCAGCUUAAUCAGGCCCUCCUCCUGUUGCCAUGGACGAUGCACGCCCUCAUUAUCUUGAAAAGCCUCCAGAAAACUCCACCGUAUACGCAUGAGAGUGAAUGUUAAAGAAGUCGAAUCCUACCGCAGUACUAUUAUAAAAAUAGUUUGCACUUGCAGACAGACCUCUGAAGAGAUCUCUGGUAUGCCCAAGGGUUCCUGGGCAACACUUGGAGAACUGCCAGCCUAGAGACUAAAUCUUGGCCGCAGCCUUUAACCUAAUGGGGAAGACAGGAAUCUCCUUGCCUAGGGCUUGAGAUUCAUAGAAACAUCACAGUGCUCGCCAGGUGGGAUUCACCAGGGAGACCACCUUGGGAGGUGUGCUUUACAGAGGAGAACUUGCUCCUCCAGAAUGUGCCCAGCAUCACAUUCUACAACUUUCCAGACUCUGGGCAGAAAACUCUUCCUGUCCCAGUCCCACACUAAACAGGCCAUUCCACAUGCCCCAUUCAGCACAGUUUUCAUGAGCCUCUCCUGCUGCAGAGAGAGCAUCCACCCUGGAGCCCCAAGUGACCAUGGACUCUUGGCUCCUCUGGGUCCCCAGCCCCCAGCUGACUGAACCCCUCUGACCUGAAAGGCCUUUUUUUUUUAACUUUUUAUUUUAUAUUGGAGUAUAGCCGAUGAACAGGCUUCCCAGGUGGCACUAAUGGUAAAGAACCCACCUGCCAGUGCAGGAGAUGUAAGAGAUGCAGGUUCAAUUCCUGGGUCGGGAAGAUUCCCCUGGAGGGGUGCUUGGCAACCCACUCUAGUAUUCUUGCCUGAAGAAUCCCAUGGACAGAGGAGCCUGGUGUUCUAUAGACCAUAGUGUCGCAGAGUCAGACACAACUGAAGCAACUUAGCACGCACACACGGGUAGCCUAUGAACAAUGUUGUGACACUGUGGACAGCAAAGGGACUCAGCCAUACACAUACAUGUAUCCAAACUCCCCUCCCAUCCAGGCUGCCUCAUAGCAUUAAGCAGAGUUCCCUGUGUUGUACAAUAAGACCUUGUUGGUUAUCCAUUUUAAAUAUAGCAGUGUGUACAUGUCCAUCCUAAAUUUCCUAACUAUCCCUUUGUUCUGGAAGUCUGUAUCUGUUUUGUAAGUAAAUUCAUUUAUAUCAUUUCCUGAAAGGCAUUUUUGGGAAGUGAAACACCCAAGUGCCUUUAUCAGAUGUCCAACCCCAGGAAACCAGGUUCCCCUCUGGCUACUGUGGACACAGUGGGCACCUGAGUAGCUGCUGUAACCUCAGGACCAGGGGGACACAUCAGUCCAUCCCUUCUCCAAAUUCAAAGCCCUUCCAGGACACAGAGUAAGGGGAGGGGGGGCGGGCAGGCAAGCCCCACCUCAGCCUCCCUCAGUCCAUGCUGACUACUGCUCUGAGCUACUCCUUGGCUGCUCCAUGAGCCUUAGGAGUCCAGGGACUCGGAUCCUCACCAAAGCCAAGCUAAUUGUCCACCUCCGGGAGCUUCUCAGAAGCUUUUGGGGACAUUCUAGAAAAAAGCUAAUUUGCCUAGAACACCUCAGCACUGUCCACAGUAAGCCCCCAGCCUACACUUCCUGUUCUGUCCCCCACUAUUUUCCCACAAGAAGCAGAGGCCAGCCCUUCCCCAUUCCCUGCACUUGCAUGCCCCUCUCACCUUCCCCAAGAGAAAUCCUCACAAGCUCAACUCUGUUGCCACCACCCCCAGGAAGCCUUCCCGAUUGCUCCAGCUGGAAUGAGGCUUUCCCAUCUUGCACCUAGGAUGGGCUGGACUCUUCAAACUUGAUUCAACAGAUGAACUGAGGGUGUCUCUAAGCUGGGUCCUCUGUGCCAGGUGCCAGGAUCAGAGAUGAAAUAUCUACCACAGAGACACACAGGGGCCCAACAAGGAAAUAACAAGCACAACUCCAGGCCUUGUUGGGGAAGCACAGGGCUAUAGGGAGCCCCAAGAAAGGCCUACGGGUGAGUCUGGGAAAUUUCCCACAAAGCAGGAAAUUGUGAAACGCUGAAGGUCAAGGCCUGCAGGUAUCAGGUUGGCCAAAAAGUUCGUUCAAGUUCGUCAUAAGGGGCCUGAAUGGACUUUUUGGCCAGCCCAGUAUAUGCAGGUGUUUUACUAUCUGGAGGGAAAUAAAGGGUGAGAAAUAAAAGGAAGGUCCCAGCUAAAGGAAGACACCACUCUGGAGUGGAGCAAACUUGGCUGAGAAUAUUGAAAUGGUGAUAGGACAGACUUUGGUAGCAAAUGUAUCAGGAAAACAGUGUGGCUGCUUAAUAGAUAAGUUAAUACAUGGAGUAGGGAGAAAUAAGAAGGUAAUACCCAGUACCUAACUCAUUAGCCCCACACAGUAAAUAUUUGUUGAAUAAGUGGCAUCUGGAGUUCAUAGAUUUCUGAGAUAAUUAUAGACCCUAAAAUGCUCAGAAUGUGGCUUUGAAAGUUUGUUUAUACCUACCCUUUACCUUGUAAAAAACUGUUUAUACUGGGCUUCCCUGGUGACUCAGAUGGUAAAAAAUCUCCCUGCAAUGCAAGAGACCUGGAUUCAGUCCCUGGGUCAGGAAGAUUCUCUGUAGGAGGGCAUGGCAAUUACUCCAAUAUUCUUGCCUAGAGAAUCCCCAUGGACAGAGGAGCCUGCUGGGCUACUGUCCCCCGGGUCGCAAAGAUUUGGACACAGCUGAGCAACUAACACUUUCACUUUCACUUCACUUUCAUUUAUCUACUUACU